AUGGAGAGGGUGAGGAAGGCAACUCACGCGGGGUCCUGGUACUCUAACAAUCGUGAGUAAAAGCCGCCAUCUUUCGUCUCAAACUCCAUCGUGUCCCUGUAAACAUCCGGUCAUUUCGGCGGUCCUUCGUCUCCCUGUAUUUUAUUUAUUAUUAUUAUUAUUAUUAUUGAAUCCUUAUGAACAAUGAUGGCGCUUGUUUCGAUGUUGAAACUGGAAUGCCGCGACGGCUCGCGAAAAGGGUAGAAAUGUUGUAGGAACCUGCUAUUUUUCGAUGGCCAUCUUCUGUGAUGUUCGAUUUUUCAUUAGUUUUUCAUUAUUUAUUGUAGAAAUUUGUUCUAAUUUCUGUAGGUCAUCGGGGAUGGGAUAUCCUUUGCGGCUUGGUUUGGUGGUGUUAUAAAUUUUUGUGUUCCGUGUUAAGCGUGCCGUGGACAUUGACUUUGAUGAAUUUUUCAUGCAUAAUUGUCGUAUCACGUUGUGUUGGGAUACGGUCAGCGGUGCAUGUGAGAUAUUUGGAUGGUGUCAGUGAUGUCAUGGGAAGCUAUGAACUAAUGAACAAGAUUAAUGUUCUGGUAGGGGUAAUCUUUGUGUUGAUCUUCUCGUUUUUUCUGGUGGGCGCGUGGUCAAUGCAACAUGAAAUCUGUCUGACUCGGUAAUGGAAUUUGUGCUGACCAUGACAGAUGUUCUUAUGGAUUCACCAGAGCUGAGGAUGUGAUUUCAUAGUUUUUCCUCGUUUUUUUUUUCCUAAUCCUCUUGUCUUUGUGGCAUUUUCAUUGUUCCAGGAGCUGCCAUUAUCUCUUCUUUCUGUUAUGCUUGAAAACUCCGGAUGGGUUACAAUUGUAGUUUCGACAGAUUGAUCACUGUACAUGUAUUUAUUUUGGAAAAUAAAUGUAUUGAAGAGAAAGUUAAUCGCCAUAAUUGCUAAUCAUCCCAUCUGUAUGAAUGAUUAUUGCUGAGAUUACAUUCAAAUAUAUUGCAGUAAAAUUCAGUAAUUCCUAAUGAUUUUUCCGCUCUUCUAUCAGCCAAAAAAUUGGAAGAUGAGCUUGAUGGAUGGCUCCAAGCAUCUGGUCUUGACAAGUCUUCUGAUGUGAGAGGUGUAAUUGCUCCGUAGGUCACUGACUUAUUUUUAUUUUUUCAUAUAAAUUUUUAUAUACAUGAAUUAUCUAAUACGUUAGUUGCUUUAUUCUUUUGUUGAUUCAACUAUAGGCAUGCUGGCUACUCUUAUUCUGGCCGUGCUGCAGCCUUUGCAUUUGGUAAUAUAGACCCAGGAAGCUUGUAAGUAGGUUCUCCUCUAGCUGCAUUGAGUUGGAGCUUGUGUUCUCUCUUUCCUUCCCUUGUUCUGCUCCUUAGGAUCGACAUUAUGGUGUGAAUAUUUUCUCUACCCUUUUGGAUGAGAUAUCCCUCCAGAGAAAACGUUGACGGAGGUGGGUUGAAAAGGAAUGGCAGUUUGGAUGGUUGAUGUUGACUUAAUUGGCCUCAAUAAACUAAAUGAGGAAAAUUUUAUGAAUUUUAUUGUGUGAGAAGGAGGAGCAGGAACAUUCCUUUUCCAGUGACUGCAAUUACCUUUUAAUGUGUAUUUUUGUGGCGUGUGUUGACAUUUUCUGCCUAAUUUCCGAUAUUUUUUUAUUAAUGUGUGGAAAAUUAUCCGAUUGCAGCUCUCGAAUAUUUCUUCUUGGGCCAUCGCAUCAUUACUAUACGCCAAAAUGUGCACUAACAAGAGCUACUAUCUACAAUACACCUGUGGGAGACUUGACAAUAGAUUCGGAAGGUACUCGUUUUGCCUUCAUGGUUCCUGAAUAUUGAUUUAUUUAUUUAUUUUAUUUUGGCUGGUCCUUGGAACUAAUUAGUUGGUGUUAUAUUUUCUUUCCCUGAGUAUAGUAGAACAUACCUUAAAGAGCUUAGGAUAUAUCGGAACAUAUUGAUGCAUAACGUUUUCAUUGAUAGUGGAUAAGAUUUAGGAGGUUUUGACAUAGUUACGCUAAUUCAUUCAUGAUUAAACAUCUCUGGCUUCUUUUGGUGCAUUCUUCAGUCAGUUGACUACUGACUCCUUUCUUCAGUUCAGUUGCUCAUACCAAAUCCACACAAGAACCUGCUUCUUUUAUGGCACUCCCCAUAAUGUUCUUCCAAAUUUCAUAGAGCUUGAAAAUAUUUGUAUCCUCAUGGCGAACAUGAUCAGUAACACAGCUGAUCCUAGAACUGCAAAACCCAAAAUUGUUCAAGUGGGCAAAGUGAGCAGAACCUGAAUGGGGCUCAGCCAGAAAUCAUUUCAUCGGACAUGGAUAAGUGAAUUCCUAGGUGAUCCGUUCUUGCCUGCCUAGCACAUAUUUGCCUAACAGUCAGGCUUUGAUAUGGCUAAGAUCCUGGAGUGGAAAUGAUCAGACUUACUCAAUUUGGCCACCCGAUUUUAUUCCAAAUAUAAUGCCUAAAAAUGUUUUUUCAGGCGACAUAGCAUGAUCGAUUCUCAUUCCAUAUGUUUUGGGUUUUGACUGCAUUUAUUUUCUGGAGUUCUAUCUUACAUGUUUAGCUCGCUUGUUACAGUCAAUAGGGAGCUGCAAGCGACAGGGAAAUUCGAGCUUAUGGAUCUCAGAGUAGAUGAGGCAGAGCACAGUAUGGAGAUGCACUUGCCCUACAUCGCCAAAGUAUUCCGGGGGUAGCUUCCUGCCGAUUAUAUCUCCACUGUUGCUCUAUGCAACCAUGAACAGGGCGUAUCUCUAAUUGAUAAAAUCAUUGCUUUUUACUUCUUUUAGAUAUCCCGUUAAAAUCGUACCCAUCUUGGUUGGCGCCCUCAAUCCAGAAAAUGAAGCCAUGUAUGGGAGAUUGCUUGCCAAAUAUAUCGACGACCCUCGAAAUUUCUUCUCGGUAUCAUCAGAUUUCUGCCACUGGGGCAUGAGGUAUGGUAUCUGCGAAAUGUUCAUUCUUUCUUCUCAAUUUCUUUUGCUCAACAUAUAAAUGAUUCGUUAAGACUAGAAAGAUGUGUCUGCAUUAAAAAUUUGAAGCAGAGUGCUUCCUCUUCCCGGAGCAGCCCGUGCCAAGGAUCAUUCUUUCCCGUCUCUGUUAAAUUCUCUUUCAUGGAAUUUCAUCCUUGGUACAUUUUUGGGCGAUUCCUGCAUUUUCUUCCCAUCUCAGGUAGUUCAAUGCUGUUUUUGGUAUGUUUAUGUUGCCAUAGGUUUAACUACACACAUUAUGACGAGAAACACGGUCCAAUUCACAAAUCAAUUGAGGCCUUGGACCGAAUGGGCAUGGAUAUCAUAGAGACAGGGGAUCCGGUUGCCUUCAAACGUUACCUUGAGGACUCUGACAACACGAUCUGUGGCCGCCACCCUAUCAGUGUCUUCCUUCAUGUAUGACUCUCUCUCUCUGUUUCUCUCCAUCUAUCUAUAUAUCUAUCUACAUCUCAGCUGAUGACUCCUUCAUGGCCAUCAGAUGAUAAAGAGCAGCUCCACAAAGAUAAGUAUCAGGUUCCUCUGGUACGAGCAAUCGAGCCAGUGCAAGAGCAUGCGAGACAGCAGCGUAAGCUACGCAUCCGCAGCUGCCAAGGCCGAUCCUUGA